GCAAGUCGCUCCCUGCCGAGCUGGAUGCAGAAAUUGUAAACACUGACGAAGGACCUCCGUAUUACCACGUGCAGACUAUUGGGGCGGUGUGUGCAGAAGAUGAGCACAUUGAAGCCAAGGACGUCGACGGAGAGGGCCGCGACGACUGGCAAGAAGAGCUAUCGGACAGAUUGGAGGAGACUCGCGACCCCAAGAUGUGGGGAACGGAAUCAGAGAUGCUGAGGAAGAUCUUUGGCGUCAACGUUCACCCGGUCUGGGGCGGCUGGUAUGCGUAUCGAGCCUUGAUUGUUCUCCGCAAGGGCACUCAGGCGUCGCUUCAACAGCCAGAGCCUCUGACAUUCCUGAUGUUGGAGGACAAGAAGCGCAUCCUCUCUGAGUACAAUCUGAGGCACCAGCUCUGCUUAUGGCGAGACAUCAAUGAUUCGCACGUCCCCGAAAGGAGAUACAGUCCAGAGGAGUAUUUCUUCUUUACGGAAACUUCUCCGGACAAGCGAAGGCGCUUCCUUGAGAUGAAGGCUUCGCAGAUGGCCGCUGUGCCGCGGCCACGGUGGGAAGCACGUUGA